UGAAUAUCUUAUAUGACAUGAUAAUUUUAAUGGGCAUGACUGAUCAAAAAGGAGUAAAGUAAUAAUUACAUUGUUGUGAUUGUCAACGUACAGACAUGGACAGACAGUUGCUUAGAGUAUCCGAUUCAUUCUUGGAAAACUUCUUCUGCGUACAGUGUCUCAAAUAUCUCACUGUGGGCCCUAUUGGUUUCCACAACGAGGGUGGCAAUGUUUGUGGACGUUGUCUGUACGUCAGAAAACAGAAGAAACCUCCAUUCCUCGAACUAGAUGGUGACCCCUUUGACUAUGAGAACAGAAUCCCUUUAUCACUGUUUGCUUAUGCCAGUUGUACAAAUAUAAGGUUUCCAUGUGUGAACAGAUACGACGGAUGUAACGAAUUGAUUCCUUUCGUGGACAUUGGCGACCACGAGGAGUCUUGUGUCAGUGAAAAGUACCAGUGUCCAAAUUGCGACUUUCUUGGUGUUGGAAGUCAGCAAAUACAUCAUUUCAGUAUUAACCACAAAAAUUUGCUGAUUUCUAAUGAGCCUUUUGAGUUGAAUAUUGGUGCUGAUAUUAGUUCUUCUUAUUUGUAUAGGCAAAAUAAUUAUUUAUUUUUUGUGAACGUUCAGUAUGUAAAGAGUUUGAAUCAAUUUGUUUUUGGUACAACAUUCCGAGGACACGGAAAAAAAUUAGGCAAGAUUUUAUUAUCUGUUUUCAUACCGAAUGCAAAAAAAUUUGAGAAGAUUUGUUUGAACACGGAUUUACUCGAAAUUCAAAAACAAAGGGUGAUCAAUUUUACAAUCAAUAUUGGCACCUAUCAUAUUAAUGACGUUGAUAAAAUUUAUUGUAUUUACAAAGUAAGCAUAGAAUAAAGACUAUUUUGUUCAGAA